GCUCAGCCCCGUCCCUCGCUUCCUCCCUCCAAGUCCUCCAUCCUCCUCCAUUGACUACACUGGAGAUCUCGGCUCUUGCACUGUCAAUCGAAGAAGAUCGAAGGGCAAAGGAAUUCCCUCAGAAUCAUCAGGGCGAGGCGAGUCAGCGAAUGCUUCGCCUCCUCCGUCGGCUCUGAGCUCCGAGUUCGCGCGAGAUCGCCAUCGCAUACCCUACGGCCGAUAUCAGCUGCGGCGGAGCUCGAUGGAUCCGGCGAGGACGCCGCUCGGGAGAAUGCUGCUGGACGAGAUCACUCCGGUGGUCAUGGUGCUCCGCACUCCUCUCGUCGAAGAGGCCUGCGGGAAGAACGGCCUCUCGUUCGUCGAAAUGCUCAGCCCUUUCUGCAGCUUCAGCAACAUUGACGUGCCCGUGCGGACGGCGAGUGAUCAGCCCUACAGGCUGCAGAAGUUCAAGUUACGGCUGUUUUACUCUUCGGAUAUCCGCCAGCCGGAUGUGCAGGUCGCAAAUGAGAGGUUAAAGGAUGUUAUCACCCAGGCUGGGGAGAAAGAUCUCUCUAAUCUCUCUUCAGAAUUACCUCAAGUUGACGAGUUGCUAUCGAGCUCUGAAUCUGACAUAAUGCCAUCCUGGUUUCAGUUCUUCAAUAAAGAGCUCAUACGAACAAUGUCUUUCUCUGAUCAUGAAGCGUUUGACCACCCUGUGGCAUGUCUUUUAGUUGUUUCCUCGAAAGACGAGCAACCGAUCAACAGAUUUGUAGACCUUUUCAAUAGUGAUCAAUUACCGUCUCUUCUUAAUGAUGGUGCCAUGGAUCCCAAAAUAUUAAAGCUCUAUUUAAUAGUUCACGAUAAUCAAGAUGGUGCACCAGAAAAGGCAAAAAAGUUUCACAACGAAAUGAGGAGUACUUUCGGCUCAAAUUCAUCUCAGUUGCUUUGUAUCAAUUCAUCUCAGGGUGGGCUUGUCGAACACUUGCAAAACCCAUGGGCUCCUUUUAAAACUGAUGCUUCACCAACGCAGCGACUUGGUGGCUUCCUAAAUAUUGAUGAUUUUAACGAGAUAAAAAAAUUAACGCAAGAUUUAGCGUCUAAACAUGUCAUCCCUUACAUGGAAGAAAAAGUAAGGGUCUUGAAUCAACAGGUUUCUGCUACAAGAAAGGGUUUCAAAAACCAAAUAAAAAACCUGUGGUGGAGAAAAGGAAAAGAAGACACUCCCGAUGCCAGUAAUGGCCCUGUGUAUACCUUUAGUUCCAUUGAAUCACAAAUUAGAGUUCUUGGUGAUUAUGCCUUCAUGCUGCGGGAUUAUGAACUUGCACUAUCAAACUAUCGUCUGAUUUCUACCGAUUACAAGCUUGACAAAGCUUGGAAACGAUAUGCUGGUGUGCAGGAAAUGAUGGGGCUCACUUUCUUUAUGUUGGACCAAUCAAGAAAGGAAGCAGAAUAUUGCAUGGAAAAUGCAUUUAAUACAUAUUUGAAAACUGGACCAACUGGACAGCAAAAUGCUACAAGGAGCGGGCUUUGGUGGGUAGAGAUGUUGAAGACAAGAGAUCAAUUUAAAGAGGCUGCUGGUGUCUACUUUCGGAUAUCCGGUGAGGAACCUCUGCACUCCGCCGUUAUGCUUGAGCAAGCAUCUUAUUGCUACUUGCUUUCUAAACCACCCAUGUUGCGCAAGUUUGGAUUUCAUCUUAUCCUUUCUGGAAAUCAGUAUAAAAAAAGUGACCAGAUUAAACAUGCAAUUCGCACGUACCGAAGAUCAAUCUCUGUCCUUAAAGGGACGACAUGGAGCUAUAUCCAAGAUCAUGUUCAUUUUCAUAUUGGGCAGUGGUAUUCUUUUCUUGGUUUAUACGAUUCUGCUGUGUCACAUCUAUUGGAAGUCCUUUCAUGUGGUCAUCAAUCCAAGACAACACAAGAGUUUUUUCUGAAGAUCUUUCUUCAAACUGUUCAGAAAACAGGAAAAGCUUGUCAAGUGAUGAGACUACCAUUGCCAGUCAUUAACAGCUCAUCCCUGAAGGUUGUUUUUGAAGAUCAUCGGACAUAUGCUUCACCUGCUGCUACUGGUGUUAGGGAAAGUCUAUGGCAAUCUUUAGAGGAGGAGAUUGUCCCAUCACUGCCUGCAGCAAGAGCUAAUUGGCUGGAGGUGCAAUCUAACUUUACUUCAAAACCGAAUAAGAACUCAAAUAUGUGUAUAGUAGGAGAAGCAAUAAAAGUAGCUAUUGAAUUUCAAAAUCCAUUACAAAUCUCUAUUCCCCUAUCUGAUGUCUCUUUGAUGUGUGAGCUUUGUGCGCGGUCUGAUGAUGCCGACUCAGAGGCAAACAGUUUGACUGCUGAACUUCAGAACGAUGAAGCAACUAUGUUGACUACUGAUCGGUUUUUGAAUUCUGAUAUGUCUUCAUUUGCUCUGUCCAAUGUUGAAUUGACAUUGGAAGGGGGUGGAAGAAAAAUGGUGCAACUAACAGUUACUCCCAGAGUGGAAGGCACUUUGAAAAUUGUGGGUGUUAAGUGGAAAUUUUCCAGCUCUGUGGUUGGUUUUCACAACUUUGUGACGGGUUCUGUGAAGAAGAUUCAGAAAGGGGGGAAGAAAAACAAACAAUCUCCUGCUGACAGCCUCAAAUUUGAUGUUGUCAAGACUGUUCCCAGGCUUGAGGGCUUCAUCCAAUCUCUUCCUGAGAAAGUUUAUGCUGGAGAGCUACAGCAGUUGACUCUAGAACUGAAUAACAAGUCACACCUGUCCGUGAAGAAUCUGAAAAUGAAGAUUAGUCAUCCGAGAUAUUUGAAUAUCGGGAAUCAGAGGAAUUUGAACAUGGAUUACCCUGCCUGCUUAGAGAAGAAGACAAACAGUGCUGAGAAAACCAUUUUAGAACCUCAUACCAUUAAUGCUCCACGGAAUGUCUUUUUGUUUCCAGAGGAUACUGUUGUUCAAGGAGAUACUUCCUUUUUGUGGCCUCUUUGGCUCCAUGCUGCAGCGCCUGGAAAAGUGUCCUUGUACAUAAUUCUGUAUUAUGAGAUAGAAAAUCCAGAAAGCUUCAUGAAGUACCGCACUCUGCGGAUGCUCUAUAAUUUGGAGAUAUUCCCAUCGUUGGAUGUUUCAUUUCAAAUCAGUGCCUGCCCAUCUACGCUGGAGGAGUUUCUUGUGCGGAUGGAUAUAGCUAACAAAACUAGUACAAGGAAUUUCCAGAUUCACCAGUUAUCAUCCAUUGGAUAUCAGUGGGAAAUCUCACUGCUUCAACCUACUGAUUCUAUAUAUGCUUCACCUACUCUAAUGUCUGGUCAAGCAUUCUCAUGUUAUUUGAUUCUUAAGAAAAGUAAGAGAUUAGAUAGAGCAGAAGCAAAUGGCUCGCCUGUUUGCUCUCUCACUGUAAGUGACAUACAAUUGAGUACUGAAGGAGCUGGUGGAAAAAUGUAUGAUUCCUCUCUGUCCCCAGUGAAAGAUUUCCACAAUGUUGAAAGACUGCAGCAUGGAAAAUCACUUGAGGGAGACUCCAACAUGGUUGAUUUUGUUCUCAUUUAUUGGCCACUGGAUAGUGAAACAGAUCCCGGAGUUUCUGAUAGGCCCUCACUCUUUUCUCAUCAUGAGUGUCACUGCAGUGUCGCUAGCACAAGUCCGAUAUCAUGGGUAGUGGAAGGGCCCCGGCUAAUACAUCACGACUUCUCUACCUCUUUCUGUGAAGUUACCUUGAAGAUGGCUCUAUACAACUCAGCAGAUGCUGCUGCAUCUGUGCGCAUCAAUACUUUGGAUUUAAGCCGGAAUGGUGAUGCCCAAUCAAGAGAUGAAAGUACGCUUGCUUCUGGUAAGCAAGCAGGUUGGUACAAUGUAUCAUUAGAUAGUGAAAUUAAAGUCACAUCUGAUGUCAGUGGGAUCCAAAUGAAGCCACUAUCCUCAGACAGUGCAUCGCCCUUUGUCUGGACUGGUUCAAGCUCAACAAAAGUCAGGCUUCCACCAUUGUCAACGCUGGGAAUUCCUCUUCAGAUUUGUGUAUUUUCUCCUGGGACCUAUGACCUGUCAAAUUAUAUUCUGCAGUGGAGUCUAGUGCUCCCUGAUGAUCAAGGAAAUCACGGGGAAACCCGACCAUCUUCAGGAACUUGUCAAGGAUAUUCAUAUUUUCUCACUGUUCUUCAGUCUACGUAAGAUCUUGGUUCAGGGGCUUUGGCUUUUUCUACAGGGAGCUUAUCAGAUUCACCUUUUGUAAGUUAUGUACUUAAGUUCUUGUAUCAUAUCUAUUAUCACCCGAAGAAGCUCUAUUAGCAUAGUGAAGGUAGAGAUGAAUUCUUUCUUCGCCCAUGGAGUAAUAAGAACAUUUUUUUUUAGAUAUGUCUCCAUAUUGGAUCUUAGCGAUAGUAACCAAAGCAUUUAUAGCAGACAUAAAUUGUACAAAGCACAUAUACUGGGACAGUUUUGAACAAAAGAUGAUAUCACUCUUGUGCUUGAA